UGCGAAUUCAACAACGACGGUGGCGGCAACGAGUUGAUGCGUGCGCUGACCCCAUUCCUCAAGACCUGCCUCCUGGUGGCUCUGUCAACCCCGCUGCAAGACGUCCUGAACAUGCGUGACCGAAUUUCCAGGUUUGGGAUAAUGGGCCCGCACAUCGUCCUCGUGUCACGACUGGACCCCCAGUCAAACGCUGUCCUUGUGCACGAUGGAUCCCACUCGAUGUGGGCGUUCUUGCCGCCGUCGUCUGUGCAAGUUAUCCAUCGGACGUAUCCUCACAUUCGGUCGUUGAAGGACUUUCGUGGAUGUGUAGUGCGUGUCGAAGUGAGUCACUUCUCGACACCACGCCGACAUACUUCAGCGUCUCACGCGACAACGAGUUUGGGGCGGAUCUGUCUGCACGUCAUGAGCAUGGAGAUUCUUGACGUGCCAUCAAUCUCACCGAAUGAAUCACCACUUGUUCUGCACGAUCCGUCCAUCGCGUCUCAAAUCUUGGAUAUGCCUCUGGCGCGCCUGGAAGCUCGCCUCCUUCCUCACAACUCUACUUCGUCAGAUCAACCACUCCACCCUCACAAUCGGCGAUACUAUCACGCGUACAUGUUUCAUGAGGGCCAUCCACUUACACUAGAAGACUGCAUUAUCCCAUCGGACCAGUGGCGACAGGUUGUAGGCGACAAUCUGAAGGACUCACUAGUGCUUGCACAGAAGCGGAGCGAUUCCUUGCCGCUAUCGUCGUCGGAAAGCCAGGCUGCGGCUGGAUCACUUCCAACUUCAGCUUCCCUUUAUACUUCAAUCACCACGCUUCCAUCCGCUUCGUCCGCGCUACUCAGCAACGAUACUCCAGUCGCAGCGGACACUCAGGCGACACGAGCAUCCUCAGCCUCAUUAGCGACUCAAGCUCCUUCGGCCUCGCCCCCUACCCGUCCUUAUGCUUUCUGCCACCAAAGCCUCCCAGACAACUUUAUCGUGGACUCCGAUACCUCGCCUGCCUCCUCGGCGUUUUCGAACAGCUCGCAACAUGCCUACCCGCGCCCACUCUCAACUCCACCUAUCGAAACCACCGACCAUCUUCGCAAAACGAUGGCGCCUUCGUUCGCCGACAAAGAGAAUCCGCUACAGACUUCAAAAACGACUGGUCGCGCCAUGAAUUCUGUCAACACCGCGGGUAGUCAAACCCCGCGGCAACCUCUGGGCAAUACGACCAACUUGGUCUCACCCACUUUGCCCGUCGACGGCCAACUUGACCUCGCUGCACCACACGAUGUGCUGACACGAAAAAGUGCGAAGCGUUCCGCGACAUUGCGACGUCGUUCCAAGUCGACUUCGUCGUCGUCGUCAUCGUCGUCCUGCAAGCGAUCUCGUUUCUCGUCACGAUUUGACUGGGACGAUGAAACAAAAGAUGAAGUCGCCAAAGCAUCUCCUCCAACCCGACGACCAUGUGCGUUGGGCUUGGAUGGACCGUCACCGCGGAGAGGCUGCGUGGACGAGUUGUCAUCACCUAGGCGUGCCUUCAUUCACUCGACGUACUUUUCCCAGUGGCAAACGCAGCAGGAAACGCAGACGCGACUUGAAUCGUCCCCAACCACAACAAGCCCCCUCGUGCGGCAACCACCUGACAACGAAUACGACCUGAUGUCGGUGCUGGAUGAACGGCACGACAGCACCGGCGAUAGCGAAACUGCUCGUGCGACGGAUUUCUUUGCCACGAUGCAUUUCCGACCGUCCAUUCGACAUGGCGAACUCCAUGCGAUCCAAUUGGCAACCGUAGAUUGCACGGCAGCCGUUCUCGAUUUCAUUCGAAGAGGACGAAAUGCCAGAAAGCAACAACCGCACGCACUACCCCGACCUGUUUAAAUCCCCAUAUCAUGGCAUGGUCGGCGUCCCUGGCAUCAAAGAGAGGCUAGAACAGAAGUACGGCAGCUAGCAGUGCGAACUCGCAUAAUCGAGUGCAGAGCACGAUAUUGAAUUCUCUGCAGUUUGCC